CUCACUUCCUGUUGAAGUGAAUGAACGUCACUUCUUCAGGGGAAAGGCUGCUGCUCAGCAAACAGCUCUAAGAUGAAGACUCCCCAGAGCUUUGAGGAGCAAACCGAACGCAUUGUAGAAUCACUGCUCUUUGAAUUCUUGGGUCCACCAGUGGUGAGACAAGGCCGCAGCUUCCAUGGUAAUGAUGUCCUAUUUGAGUUCCAAGGACCCAGCUUCCAAAAUGUUGACGUCCCUGAUUUUGGUGAGCCAAGCUCUUUUGAUGCGACAAUCAUUGCUGCCCGUCUUAGAAUGCUAGGUGAUCAGUUCAAUGGAGAAAUGGAACAAUCUGCCAACAGAGUCAUCGAAGAAGUUACUAAGGGACAGGUAGCUGCUGUAUUACAGGACACAGUGAAAUCACUCAGUCAGACGUGGUGUGCCCAAGAGCCUAGCCUGGCCUAUGAGAGGGCCUUUCUGGCUGUGUCUGUGAAGCUACUGGAGGUUGUCUCCCACAAGAUACCUCAGAGGGCCAGGCAGUUAGCUGGACCCAUGAGGGAUAUGAUCAAUGAGAACAUAGCUGUUCGACAGUAUAUUGAAGGCCAAGGUGGUUGGGAGAAUCUGAGACCAGCUCCCAAUUAACCAUUACCUAAACCUUGACUGGCUGAUUGAACAUCCUCUGUUUAUUAAAAAACAAACAAAAAAAUAAAACCAAAAAAAACAAGAAGGAAAGAAAGAAAGAAAAAGUUUAUUCGUUCAAGAUUCCUGCAGCUAUGGAGUUCCUGAUACCCGCAGGCAUUUUGCAGUCUUUGUUUUUAUUUACAAACAGACAAAAAUAGAUCUUCAAGACUGAAAGGAAGUAAUUCCCUUUGGGGCACUGUGCCAACUUGUCAGAGAGACUUUGGGGUAGGGUGAUUCUCAUAUCACACCCUAUAGCUAAAUGGCUAUUUAUAAAAUCAGCCUUGCCCCUUGAUUUGAGCGUGUACACUAUUCCACUGGUUAUGCAUCCAAAAGAACUUCUGGGAAAUCUAUGGGAUGGUACUGCCCCCAUUUUAAAAAAUUAAUUUAGGGUUGGGACUUGCAAUUUCAUUGAUGUGUAGAACUCAAACUGUAACUCUGCCCUCCGUGUACUUUGUGAUCCAAUGAUAGUCAUCUCCUUGCUUUUCCUUGAACAAAAUAUUACAUCUCCUGA